AUGCUUGAGGUGUUUAGCCUGUAUGUUGAGUAUGCGGCUGUGGCAACAUCCUUGUGUUUUCUCCUGUCACCGCUUGUGGAGGUGCAGAAGGUGCAUCGCUCUCAGGGCGAGACGCUGAGGGAUGUUGACCCAUCGAACCUACUCCUCCUGCUUGUCAACUCUGCACUUUGGCUUUGGUAUGCCAUCUUCUAUCCGCUUCCGCCAUUAGUGCUAAACAACACCAUUGGACUGACAGCAUGCUGCUACUGCUUGACGAGCUGCUGGUUCUAUGCACGUCGGCGCCGUGAGCAGACAUGGGGGACAGCCGCAGCUGCCAGCACCGUCCUGGCAUUUAUGGCAAUCCUUACAGCCCUCGUCUAUGCAGAGACGUCAUCCUCGCACGCCCAGCAAGUUGGAUACUUGGCCAUGGCAGCGAACAUCCUAGCUUAUGGAGCCCCGCUCGCAGCGGCACGCCGAGUGCUUGUUGAGAAGUGCUCUCGGGCUCUGCCACCUGCGCAGUGCGUCCUCGCACUUUCCAGCAGUUUCCUGUGGCUAUGUGUUGGCCUCAAAAAGCAAAGCAUGCCGAUGAUCGUCCCAAACGCAUGUGGUGUCCCCCUGGCGAUCAUACAACUCUUACUCAUCUGCUUCUAUCCUCGCAAUCAGCGUGCCGGCGCAGAGCUUGUGAACAGCCGGGCGGAAGCCCAAGCCAAUACUGUUAGUUGGCAACUGUACAGAUGUAGACAGAGCUUCGGUGUUCCAGAGGGGAAGAUUGCAACCGUGGUCCCAAAUUUUCACUACACGGCGAGUGCAAGUUUCCGUGCUUGUGUGUAG